GCAUGCACGUAGUAAACAAAAGGGAAUUGCAAUGAUAAAAACUGCUGGCAUUUGUAAAAGUAGAACGACUCGUUGGUGCAAAAUAUCUUGAUAAAAUAAAAAAGAAAUAAAUAAUUAGUCUAAUUAAUUCAUACUCAACUGUUAACUCAAUCAGUGCGAUAUUCCGUAACUGCUGCUUUCACCUUUUUUAUAAAGCUAAAAGUGUCUCGGCCUUGAGUGCAGUGCGGGCGCUCACAAGAUGAAAACAAAUCCACAACUUUGUACACAGCUUUUAGCAUUGAUGCUGCUUAGCACAUGCCAUUUAAGUGAUGGAUAUCGAAAUAUUAUGCUAAAGGAUUACUUGUGCGCUGACAAGUUUCUCUUAACACUACAAACGCCCUUUCGAGGUCACCCCGCAUUUACGCUUACUGAAGACCGCGAUUCAGCAGCCACCAUUACACAGGUGUGGAAUACUACAUUACCUGGGUUUUAUUCUUCCAACAAACUGAAAUAUGAUUGCCACUUUCGAGUGCAAACAUCUGAACGACCACCCCGCGGUAUAUACACCGUCAUUACGCGUCUCAAAUUUCGGCGCGACCCAGUGACAAAUACUUGUCUUGAUUACAUACAAUUCGUUGGCGGGAAUCGUCCACCAUCCGAAAAGAUAUGCAACGAAAUAGCCAUAGAUGGUCCAGCGGGACGGUUAAUAUUCGAUCAUCGGGAUCGUGAAGUUAGCAUUCACAUUUACAUUGAUCGACGUCAUUCGAUCAGGGAACCAUUAGAACUGCGCAUGGUGCUGACAGCGCAUUCCGAGUGCAAAUAUACUGGCGAUUUUUUGUGCGACCCUAAGGAUCAAUACUCAUGCAUUUCCAGACAUUUUGUACGUGAUAAUAUAACGAAUUGCAUGUAUCCGUGUCGGGAUGAGAUUUCCUGUUUUCACGAUGGCAUCACCCCGGACGAGAUGGAUACCACAAAUGUAGCACUUUCUGCACUGACGUCGUUAAUUUUCACAAUGCUUGGUGUAGGGUUUUGCGUAUGGGUUUGUUGGAAAUAUUGGAACUGCAUAACCGUGCAACAGCAUGCACAUGAAGCGUCUGCGGCUGCACUACGUAGAGGGCAAAUAGAUACCCCGGUAAUUGAGUUACCAAUUGCGCCAUCUUUUAGUGAUGCUAUUACCACAAACAUUGGACAUGAACUAGAUAAUCAACGCCAACCACCACAAACACCAAAAGAUUUACCACCAAGCUAUGAAUCACUAUUUCCCGAUAGAUAAGCAGCCAAUUGUACUGGUUUUAUGUAUAUCUAUAUUUAAGGAAUCUCUUUUGUACUAAUCAAAUGUGAAUGAGCAAAUUUUAUAAGUUAAUGAACAGUUGUGUGUAAAUAAUGUGCCAGCAGCAUGCUACUAGUUAUAACUGCGUAUAUGCAUACACAUGGAUAUACGUAUAACUACAUGUAUUGUACUGUGCUGUCAAAGCAUUUAUAUGUUUUUUGUUUUUACAAUCCGUGAUGUAAUAUUGCUUUUAUUUAUUUAUAUACAUAUAUAUUUUUUGUUAAUGUUUGUUAGUCCCAACAAAUGUGUGUAUGAUUAUUUAUGUUUGUACAUAUGUAUAUGCAUGUAAAAUCGUUAAGAAACGUAUCUUUCAAAUUGUCCUAAAGCUCAACCAUAUAAAUUUGUUUCGUGUUUUCCUCACCAGUAGACUUUAUAGUAUGUUGAAAAUUGUAACUGCCUUUGAAAAUACAAACUAUUCAAUUAUAAAUAAAGUAAUAUACAGACUUACAGAAAAAGUAAACUCAACCAUUUUAAUAUCGAUAUCAAUCUAAUUGUAUACCAAAGAAGUACUCUUCAGUAAAAAUGAUAUUAAAAGAGAUUUACGUACAUAUGCAACAAUUAUUUAGAUAGCCAAUUAUUCAUUGUAAAUAGAAGGUUUUCGGAGAUUUCAACACAAGAUGAACAAAUAAAAAGAUAUUGGUAGAUAUUACAUACAUAAACAUAUGAUAACUGUUACGAAUGCACAUGUGUUAGCUGUACCUGUUAAAAGGUCGUUCACUAAAAAGACAAACAAGUGUUAAUAUGUUACGCACAAAAAGAAAAAUAAAAGAAAAUUUGUUAGCUGAUAGUAUAAGUAAGACUCUGUCCUUCUCUUCCGUGCUGCAAAUUGAACAUUUGAUAAGGACAUACAAGUAUUUCCAUGUUUCAACGACUAGUUAUUUGUUCUCUAUUGGAAAUUUAAACACAAUUUGAACUUAAAGUGGCUUUCGUUGAAAUUUAUUGGGAAAUUAAUUGCAGAUCCGUUCCCAUAAUAUACUUAAUAGGCGAUAUAAAACCAGAUUGCUAAAAAAU